CAACACAACUCAAACUGGCCGACUCGUAGAACGGCACGGCGGCAGUCGAGAAUCGUUUCCUCGCGGGCUCACAACGUAGAAGCUUCUCGUUGUAAAUACUACUCGUGACCCGCCGCCGUGUACUUUGUUGUUUAUCGCGCUGUUUUGCAUAAACCGAAGGUAGUCACUCGCCCAGCGUUUGGCGGGCGAUCUGUGCAUGUUUCGCAUUACAGUAUACACUCAAUGCAAAAACAACCAGUGCGCGAAUGUGUGGAAUUUUCGUCGAAAUAAACAAACGAGGAUAAUAAAACGCUGUGCCUAACCAAACAUUCGGUUAUUUACAGAAUUUGCAAUUGCGUUCGGUGAAUUUCCAAGUUCGAGCAAAGUGUAAGUAGUAAGUACGUGUGUGCGACAAACGGAAAGGGUGUUGCCUUGCGGGCCAGCAGCCAGCCGGUCGUGUCGUGUGCGAUGUGUUUAGUGCGGUCUCGUCCCACCCGUUCGUAUCACUGCUUUGUGUCUGGGUUUGUGUCGUUCACGCACGCUCGUCAUUCAUAAAUUUUCAUCAAUCAAACGCAUCACAACAAAUAUAUAAAAUAUAAACGAAACCAAAAAAAGAAACAAUCCAAGUGAUUCACAACAAAACUUAUAGAAUAAAAGUGAUUUGAAUAGAAAAAAAAAAUCAAAACAAAAAACAAAUGAAAUAUGGCUUCGUUAUCGCUACCGCGCGUGCUCCAACCGAGGAAGACCAGCUUGGAAAUUGAACGCGAACAGUUUGAAAAAGCGCAAAUUGCCUGCUGCUAAACACGCAUGAUUAUCUCGCUCUCCCAACCUGACUAAAACAAUAAUUUCAACUUAAUUAACGUUAAAAGCUAAAAUUAUUAAAUAUUUAAUCUUUUAUUAACUUCUUUCUAUAAAGUUAAUUUAAAAAGCUCCAAGUAGAUACCUGUUAAUUAGAAAAAAAGUAGUUUUUAUUAUAUUUUAUUUUAUAAACGAAAAAUAAAAUUGUAACACGAAGCGAAAAUGAGCGAGCGAUCGUUGAGACCGGAUCCAAUACACGAGGCGCAAUCAGACAAAGCGUUCUAUAAGCAUUCGAUUGCUAUCCAAAAAGCAAUCAGUCGUGAAGAGACUGCUGUGAAGCAGAAACAUGUGCGUUCGGCAAUUAUUGGCACGUUCCACCAUCAAGGCGGAGAUGUUUUCUGGAGCAUCGCCGUUAGAUUACCCUACAUGGAAGACAUGAUAGUCGCGUGGAAGUUUUGCUAUGUUUUGCACAAAGUUCUACGCGAGGGUCAUCCACUUUGUGUGGUGCACAGUAUGCGCCAUCGUGGAUUACUCGACCAGAUUGGAAAAUUAUGGGGACAUCUUGAUGGCUAUGGGAAACUGAUCAAACAAUAUACCUAUCUUUUAAUCACGAAACUUGAGUUUCACAACCGAAAUCCAAAGUUUCCCAACAAUUUAGCUCUGACAACCGAUGAGCUUCGAUCGAUUUGUGGAGGCAAUGCUGACAUCUGUUUUCAGCUAUCUGUUGAGAUAUUUGACUAUCUCGACUGUAUUUUGGAACUGCAGAAGUCAAUUUAUUCAUCGCCGGCGAGUUCAAUGACAAUGCAAGGACAAUGCAGGCUGGCCGCCAUUAUCCCAUGCAUUCAGGAUGCUUCCAGAUUGUAUGAUCACAAUGUAAAGAUUUUGUACACGUUGCAUUCGAUGGUGGAUUAUGAUGCGUUGGAAGGUCAUCGCCAUCGUUUCGGCCAACAGUAUAAACUGAUGAAGAAAUUCUAUGACCACACUAAUAAUCUACAGUAUUUUAAGAAUUUGAUUUCUAUACCUCUAUUGAGUGAUCAACCCAAUUUCAAGGCAAACUUCAACACGUACGUUACACAAGAAGUAUACGUGCCUCAAGAGGUGGUGGAGCCUGAAGAAGAGGCGGCGAAUUUGAUCGAUGUGAAUUUGAUAGACACAUCAGAUGCGGCGUCGGCGUUGCCUGACGUUGUUGAUACGGUGCCUCCAAUACCGCCGAAACCGUCAAGUCAUUUCAUAGAGGCACCUCCACCGCCGCAAAUUGAUAUCAUUGUUGAACGCGAUAAUAUCAUCAAAAGUCUUCACGAGAACAUUGCUCUUUUACGUGCGGAAGUAAAAACGCUUAACGACGAUAAGAUCGAGCAGGGACGUGGUUAUCAGACGCAGAUUGGGCAAUUGCAGAACCAGCUCGUGUGCGCUGAGGAGGAGCUUGUGCGCGUUAAUGAAAUGCACUCAGCUAAUGAUCCGAAGGAAGUCGAGAAAAUCAAGUUGGACAAGGAGAAGAUUCAAGCGUCUUAUAAGCAAGUACGAACGGAACACAUUAAUUUAUUGAGAGAUAAAGCGAAAAUCGAAAAGUCACUGAAAAUUGCUGAAAAGUCCCUUGCUGAAAGUCAAGCCAAAAAUACUGAAAUUGAAGAACAAUUGGCAUCUACCGAGCAAAAGAUUGAAGCACUUGAACUGCAAUUACGCGCAGCGCAAGAAACAUCUGCCAAGUUGGAAAGCCUCAAACUUGAUCAACAAGGACGUGAUGAUGAAAUUCAAGCUUUAAAGCAACAAAUUGAAGCAGCUCAAAAUGUAAAAGACACUUUAUCACAUGAUUUAGAAGAGGCAAAACGACAAAAUACAGCAUUAGAAGCCAAACACAACGAAUUAUUGCAAGUUAUCAACGAUAAAGAACAAGAAAUUACUCAAACAAAAACCGACAGUGAGGACAAAUUAAAAGCAUUGUUACACGCGUGUAUUGAAUCAAAUAUCCGUAUUGUACGGCACGCUGUAGAGGAAGUGGAUAAUCCGGCACUUUCCGGUUUAAUAUGCUCACCGGAUUACCUCAACAGUUUAUCAACCUCGUGCGAAGAGGCGUUAUCAUCAGCCAUUUCAUCCGAAAGCGUCGGAAUGGCGGAUAUUUGCGACAUUGUCACGCGAAUCGCCCACACUCACUCAAACUAUAUCAUUCAAGGACGAGCGACGUCGAAUACUUGUCCUGAUAUUUCAUUCGGCGAAAAAAUGGCCGACUCGUGUAAAACUCUCGGUCAGUCAGCGGCCAUCUUGUUAGAAAGCAUGAAAAACACCACGGAUGUUACAAAACAAGUUGACACGUGCAAAGAGUGUCUGAUGACCGUACGAAAUCACACCGAAGAAUUAAACGGUUACGUACGUGGCCAUUCGAGUGAGAAUUUAGAAUCAAUGCUGGAGGCAGAAAUGCAAGCGAUGGAUAAAGCCAUCGAGGAUGCGGUGAAGCAAAUGGAGGAAAUGCUCAACAAGUCACGCGCUGAUCACUCCGGUAUUAAACUGGAAGUGAACGAGCGUAUCCUAGACAAGUGCACUACUUUAAUGGAAGCAAUUCGUAUAUUAGUGCAAAAGUCACGGCACUUACAGGCGGAGAUCGUCGGUCAGGGCAAAGGUACCGUCUCCAGCAAAGAGUUCUACAAGAGGAAUCAUCAAUGGACGGACGGAUUUAUUUCGGCAGCGAAAGCCGUAGGCGCAUCGGCGAAAUUUUUAUUGAGUGUAGCUGACAAGGCAGUAGCAACCGAUGGCAAGCUGGAACCGCUCGUGGUUGCCGCGCAGAACAUUUCCGGAUCAACAGCGCAGUUAGUGGUCGCGAGUCGAGUGAAAGCCGACAGGAAUAGUUCAAAUUUGAGGGAAUUAUCGGCUGCGUCAAAGAAUGUUACCAAUUCAACGGCCGCCAUUGUAGCAACAGUUAAAGAUUGCGGUAAACUGAUUGAUGAGACCAUGGAUGUGGACACGAGUAACCUCUCGCUGCACAAUUCCAAGAGAUUAGAAAUGGAUUCGCAAGUGCGCGUUCUUGAGCUGGAGAAGGAGUUGGAAAUGGAGCGGCUGCGAUUAUCACAGUUACGAAAACAUCACUAUCAGCUUGAGGAGGAAGUGGAGAAGCAGAUUAGCAAUGGGAACUUUACAAGCGCGUUCGGUUCCAUUCCUAAUAAUUGAAAUCGGAGCUGAAAUAAGAAAAGAGAGAAAAUGAAAUGCAGAAGAAGCUUGUAGUAAUUUUGUACCCGCAUUUUAUAUUUAUAAUCAUGUACUUUCAAUCUCCACUUGCUAGAGGUGGAUGUGGACUGAGCUGAGUGUAGUUUUAGAGCUAUUUUAACAAUGAUAAAGCGAGUUAAGACAUGAUUACGCAUUAUGUAGGCACAAUAACGAACGGUAGCUAUGACCACCAAUAACAAACAAUAAUAUUACUAAUUUAUAUACGUUAUUACCUACGGUUAUGUUAUUAUAAUUGUGAAAUUUACGAUAUUACACGGAUGUUGUAGAUAUUUA